UUUAUCCCGGUCUCCAGUAAAGUGGAGCAGCAGAAGAUGCAGCUCUGAUCAGCAGCUCCACACCUCUGUACUCAGACUGCUCUGCUGGAGGAACACCAUCAGCUCACCUGCUGCAGAACUGAAUCCAGGUUUUUCCUGAUCCCAGUGUUGACAUUCCUGACUGGAGGUUUCACCAAAGAUUUUAAGCUGCUGAACGAAGGGACCAUGGCAUCCAGUGAAAUAUCCAAUACUCAACAAACACCCUCACCUACACCUCACACACAAAUGCAGGAAAGUACAUACAAGAAAUCUCACCACUGCUCAGACUGUGGUAUGAGCUUUACUACACAGAUUUAUCUCCAACAACACCAGCGCAUUCACACAGAAGAAAAAACACACAAGUGUUCAGACUGUGGAAUGAGCUUUACUACACAGAUUUAUCUCCAACAACACCAGCGCAUUCACACAGAAGAAAAAACACACAAGUGUUCAGACUGUGGAAUGAGUUUUACUCAACAGAGUGAUCUGCAGCAACACCAGCAAUUUCACACUGGAGAGAAACCGUAUCACUGUGCAGACUGUGGGAAGAGCUUUACUAGACAGAAUAGUCUCCGGCGACACCAACAUAUUCACACUGGAGAGAAAUGGUAUCAGUGUAUAGACUGUGGAAUGAGUUUUGAAAAUCGGAGUCAUCUCAAAGUACACCAGCGCACUCACGCUGGAGAGAAAACGUAUCAGUGUUCAGAGUGUGGGAAGAAUUUUAAUAAAAAGAAUUAUCUCCAAAAACACAAGCGUAUUCACACUAGUGAGAAACCGUAUCAGUGUUCAGACUGUGGGAAGCGUUUUAAUACGCGGAGUAAACUCCAAUAUCACCAGCUCAUUCACACAGGAGAGAAACCGUAUCAAUGUUCAGACUGUGGGAUGAGUUUUAAAGUUCAUAGUCAUCUCAAACAACACCAGCGCAUUCACACAGGAGAGAAGCCUUUUCACUGCUCAGACUGUGGAAAGAGUUUUGCUUCAAGGGGUAUGCUUACAGAACACCAGCGCAUUCACACUGGAGAGAAACCAUAUUACUGCUCAGACUGUGGGAACAGUUUUAAUCGGCAGAAUCAUCUCCAAACACACCAGCUCAUUCACACUGGAGAGAGGCCGUAUCAGUGCUCAGACUGUGAGAAGAGUUUUAAAACUCUGAGUCAUCUUAAAGCACACCAGCGCAUUCACACUGGAGAGAAGCCGUUUCACUGCUCAGACUGUAAAAAGAGAUUUACUCAACUGAGCAUCCUUAAAAGGCAUCAGCUCAUUCACACAGGAGAGAAACCGUAUCAGUGUUCAGACUGUGGGAAGAGUUUUAAUCAACAGUGUUAUCUCAAACUACACCAGCGCAUUCACACUGGAGAGAAACCAUAUUACUGCUCAGACUGUGCAGUGAGCUUUAGGUAUUUACCAACACUCAACAAACACAAGUGCAUAAAGAGUAGUCUUGAAAGUGGGCAGUGAUCCUUGAAGGAAAUCAGUAAAUAUUAAGUUUCA